AAUGAGAAGCGAACGAUCGCUUUAGCCAUCUUCCAGUAUAAAACGUGGGUGUUUAGUGGCGAAUAUGUUCAGAUCAAACAUAAGAAGGUCGAAGGGUUACUUAUCGUACAUAAUAAUCGUCCGGAAAGCGUGUAUGUAGUCCAAUUAGUUAAUAAUGUUAUCGGCGAGACGUAAGAAUCGGUGAGAAAGACGUUUGUGUUUGUUGUGUGUUGCAAGAUUCCCGUCACCCAAGACUUAUCGAGGGGGGAACUGUCAUGGCGGCGAUCGUAGGAACGAUCGUUUGGUUGAUGAUUCUAAUGUCGUCUGUUGCCUGUCAGAAUCGUCUGUGUCCUUCAUCUUGUUCGUGUUUGGGAUCGUUCGUCGAUUGUGCGAAACGUGGAUUGAUCGAAAUACCAAAGGAUCUACCCGACUGGCUGGAAAUAUUAUAUCUACAAAGUAACCAUCUGACGUCGGUAGCCGAUACAGCAUUCUCAGACACUCAUUCUCUGCAUGAAAUAAACUUAAAUCACAAUCAGAUUAGAACGCUUAACACCACGGCAUUUCGUCAUCUAAACGAAUUAGAAAUCUUGAAAAUCGAACAUAAUCAUUUAAGCGAUAUUCCUGAUCUCGGUUAUUUACCAAAUUUGACGAUGUUGUAUCUUUCCAACAACGAAAUCUUCACGAUUAGUAGGACUGCUUUAGAGAACUAUCCCAAAUUGAAAGUAUUAUACUUAGGUAAUAAUAAAAUUGUCGACAUUCCUUCUGGAACCUUUCCGGAUCUCAUUAAGCUGACCAUUUUGUAAGUAAUUUUAUAUUAUUAUAAUAAUUUUAAAUCUUGAAAACAACACAAAUUUCCUAUAUAUCUUAUUACGCAGACAAGUCGUUUUUUUUCUUAUUUUAUUCUAUUAUGAUGUCCAUUAUUUACUCCCCUUUUCCCUAUGACGUUAUAUCGUCAUAGCAACCGUAGAUGUAGCUUUAUUCAUUUAUAUUUUCCUUUAGUGAUCGUAACUCUUGGCAAGGACAUUUCGACCCACGUAGUUGUGCAGGUGUUGGCAGCUGUCCCGUAGACUGCGUGGUGUGAUCGCAGCUGGUCUCCUUGUCCGUUUACCUUCGAAACUGUCGUAGAAAGCGCCAUUUUUUUCCUUGUUUUUAAAUGAACAACUAGACGCGAAUACGCGAACGGAACAUUUCGAAGCUGGAGCUAUAAGUUCUCCCCACUGAAAAUACUCGAGUCGAUGACGUCAGUUGUUUAACUUCCCGAGCCCUGAUGAAAUCCUUUGCGCAUUGUUGCUACUUAUAGUUAGCACUUGUUAUUUUUGUUUCCUUUCCCCUAUUUCUAAUUUGGUGUUUCGGUCCCAGGUGUUAGUACCGGCAACGCUUUGAUCGCAACCUACUUACACAAUCUAUAAAUGACGUAUUCUAUACUUUAUCUCCUGCACCCACUUUUUUUUUAACGUAAAUUAUCAGUCUUUUCACACCUUCGUUCAUAAUUUUUUCCGAUUUUUCCUAUAUUAUUUUUUUAUAAUUGGAAAAUUAGAAGUUGUUGGGCUAGACGACAUCUGGGCUGAGUCAUAACCCUUUCUGUACGUUCCCACCUUUGUGUUUGGAAAGGAUUGCAGUUAUUGAAGCUUUUGUUAACAACCACCCCAUUUUCCCAGUUCAUUUUUUUUCCUUUCUACAUAUUUUUCUUUCAUUUGUGAUUUAGAAUUGACUUGUAACACCUAACAUUAAUAAUUGCUUGAAUUUUAGUAAAUUUUCUGGAAAAUAAAUUAUUGUUGGAAACUUUGAAUAGACUUUUUUUUUUA